AGGAAGAUAAAUAGAUGAGGAAGGGGAAGAUUAGCCUCGCUUCCUCUAAACUUCUUGCUGUGUGUGAUUUCUGCCUCGUCUCUUCUGGCUUGCAGCCUCUCUCUCUCUCUCUCUCUCCCCCUUCUUUCUCUGCCAUCCAAGUAGAGGUUUGAAACUUCCAUUAGAGACAUAGGUGGUGAAUUUCUUGGUGCUGCUAAACCAUUUCCAUAUUUCUUUGGGCUUAAGAAGACCUGAAUUUUUUACAUGUGGAGAUAUAUGCAGGCUAGUUUCUUUGAAGUUUUAAUGAACUGAAAAGGCUUCACAGAGAGCAUAAACAAUCCAAUACCUUCAUUGGAGAACUGAUGGGACACUUUUAUAAAUAGUUUGUAUUGCGUGAGGCUUUCUACCCCUACCGAUGAGCAAAAACAUUCAGCAAACUUCUCUUGAUGGUCCUCUGGGCUUGGACAUUUGUGAGUAAACAGGUGGGAAGCCACUGAAGUGGCCUUAAUCUCCAACGCAAAAAAGCCUAGAAUCCAUGUUAACAUCUUCAAAGGAAUAUGCCUACUCAACCUCUUUUAGCAUAUAUGGAUGGACCAGAUGGCAUAGCAAGUACUGUUGGUUCACGUAUGGAGAACAAUGAUGCCACUAUGCCAAUAAAAGGGGCCAACACAAUUUCGUACAAGAACUUGCAAGACAAGUUCUUAAUGCAAGGGGAAGGAUGCAUGCCUUUGGAUUGCAUGUUCUGUGAUCAGACUUUCAAGCAUCCAGAAGAUCUUGGUAAGCAUGUCUUAAUGCAGCACAGGCCAACACUCUGCGAACCAGCAGUUCUGCGUGUAGAAGCGGAAUACCUUAGCCAUCUUGAUAAAGGACAAGUGAAAACAGACUUGCCACCCUCAGAUGCCAAUGAAAAGGAUAGCCAAGAUUUCAGUUGCUUGGUUUGUGGACAAACAUUUGAGGAGGCAUAUGAUGUUGAGGCCCACAUGAGAAAGCACAAGGACUCUUUCACUUACUGGUGCAGUGUUUGUGGGAGGAGAUUUAAGGAGCCAUGGUUCCUCAAAAAUCACAUGAGAACACAUACUGGUAAGCCUGGUUCUAGAAGCAAGACACCUCAAGGAUCAGAGAGUCCUAUAACCAUAAAUGAGGUUGUACAGGACCAAGUAACUGAAAGUAUUACAUCACCUUACAAAAUCUGCAUGGUUUGUGGCUUCCUAUUUCAGAAUAAGGAAAGUUUAAUUGAGCACAGUAAAGUACAUACCAAAGAUUCAGUAGCCAGUGAUGAUGGCUCACAAGCUGAUCCAGAUGACAAAGGAAAUGGAUCGCCCAGGGAAGAGUUUUUGCAGUUUUUAAACUUAAAACCACGUAUGCCUCCUAGCAAUAAAAAGCAAGAAAAGCCUGUGAAAUGGAUAGCAGAGUUAGAUCCGUUCAGUACGUAUCAGGCAUGGCAACUGGCUACCAAAGGAAAAAUUGCUACUGGCCACGGGCAAGUGAAGGAGCCAGGGCAUGAAGGAAGUACAGACAAUGAUGACUCCUCUUCUGAUAAAGAAGAGCUUGGGGAAAUUUGGAAUGCAAACAAAGCAAGCCAGAUUGAAAGCACGGGGAAGAUCAAGGCAAGCAAAAGUGGAAGUUUCACAGCGAUUGGUAAUAUACCACAAGACAAAUUCAGAUAUCCUGGCCGUGAAGUGCCUUCUAUGGAGAUGGAUUCAAAAUUGUCCCAGAACAAAGACAAGCCCACACAUUGUUCAGAGUGUGGCAAAGCCUUUCGAACUUACCACCAGCUUGUCCUUCACUCAAGAGUACAUAAGAGAGACCGAAAGAAUGAUUUAGAAGCCAGCUCUGUUGAAGGAAAGCAGCCAAGAGCAUGCCUUACAGAUGUCGGGACUGUGGAUGAGAAUGGAGUAGGAGAACGAGGGGAAGGAGGCUCUGAAGAUGGAUCAGAGGAUGGGCUAAUAGAGACCUUAGAUAAGAACGAAGAUGGCAUAGAAAGAGCAAAAGUUAAAAACCUUGGCGCCUCUAGAGAAUGCAGCUAUUGUGGGAAGUAUUUCCGCUCAAACUAUUACCUCAAUAUUCAUCUCAGAACUCACACAGGUGAAAAACCAUACAAAUGUGAAUUUUGUGAGUAUGCAGCAGCCCAGAAAACAUCUUUGCGAUAUCACUUGGAGAGACACCACAAGGACAAGCAAACAGAAGCUGCAGCAGAUGUGAAAAUUGACAGUAAAGGUUUGCUGUCUUCUCAGGAGAUGGGCUUUUUGCCAGUCGGCAAUUGUGCUCCGGAAACCAAAAAUCUGAAAAGGCUCCUGGAAGAUGCCAAAGAUGCUAAAGGAGGCCCACCUGUAAAACAGCAGAAAGAAAUGCUUUCCUCUUUUCAGACUGCACUGAACAAUAUCACCCAGGACACAAAUAAAGGUACAAACUAUGGUGGCUCAAAUGAUGGUGCAUCAGUUCCAUGCCUUGAAAACUUAAAGUUGGAAAAAAUUGAAAUAGAGCUUCAGGGAAACAAGCACGUUGAUAGGUCUGAGAAAAGGAAUUAUGUUUUGCCAGAAAGUGUGCUUUAUUCUGGUGCUGUGAAAGGUGAAACAAAUAUGGCUCUUCUAAGCGACAUUUCAGAAAACUCGAAAUGCAGACUAAUAGCUCAAGAAAAGCCCUUAAAUUUGUCUACUGGCUGUUCUCUGGAUGCUUCAGUAACUGCUGCCUCUCAGUGCUCCUUAGCAACCAGCACCUGCUCCUUUUGUACUUACCGAACACUAUAUCCAGAGGUUCUAAUAAUGCACCGGCGAUUGAUGCAUAAGCCCCCCAAUAAUUCCAACGCUGCUAAUAAAAAUAGCAUCAGAAAUAGGGCAGCUCUUAAAGCCAGACGUACUGGAUGCCCACCUUAUCUUCUGGGAAAGGAUGUGCACCCUCUGCCUCUUAACCCUGGGAAAAUCAAGUCUUCCUUGCCUACCCAGUCAAAAUCCCCGCAUGUGGAGAAGGCUAAACAUUGUUCCACUCUACGGAGCAAAGCACCCAUUUUUUCAGCGUUGAACUCUAGCAGCUCGGCACCAAGUAACUUGAAAUCAUGCAAACUGCAAGUGAUUGGAGGUCAGAUUACUAGCUCUAGACCACAGCAUGAAACCCACAACAGCCCUAGUAGCACUCCUGUACAGGAUAGAGGGAAAAAGCUGGAUCCUAAAGCAAGAGUUUUGGCUUCUUCUCAAUUAGGCAUAGCAAGUAGCAACAUAAAUGGCUCUCUUGAGACUCCGUUGAACGAAUCUGCUUGGUCAAGCAAUCGAGGAAUAGAGUUUCUCAGUAACAGACCUGCAGGGAAUAUAAACUUGGAAUUUGAUGGACUGCCUUCUAAAAGAGCAAGGUCUAAUCUUUUGGCUCCAGAACAGAUUGACCCUAUGCUGUAUCGGAGAGGGAACGAUGCUGGCAGAUUACAUAUUGCGGGCAGAUACGCAGGUCUGCUACCUCAGGAAUAUUCACACACCAAACCUGCUGCCUCUUUCCUCCCAGCCAAACAAGGGCUCAUGAGCUCUGAAGUAGAUGCUAUAAAUCCAGUGACUAUUCUGAAGCCAUACGAAACAUAUGGUCCUGGGCCAUAUUACAGUUCCUGUGGAUCAAGUAGCAGCCAAGUCCCCAGCUCUUCAAAAGAAGGAAAAAGGCCAGUGUCGUAUCAACACUUGUCUAGCACCAUGCUGCAGAAAAGAGGUUACGAGAGGCUUAUUGGCAAUACACAUAAUCGACUGAAUGACAAGAGAACAUGAUUUUGCUACAAUGAAUGGUAUGAAGAUGCAAAUUUUGAUUUCCCUUGCAGUUCAUCUCUUGAGAAUAAUGAAUGAUGAAAGCUACCAAACUAAGCUGUGAUUGUACUGUUGUAUAGAGAGAAACACUACAGUUCUGUAAUGGAAGGUCUGACCCCAUUUGUACAGUGUGGACCUAAACACUGUCUUCUCAAGACUAGCCUGCAAAGAACUGGCAAAUGCAUCUGUUCCUGAUCUUGAAUAAUAUUUUUUCUCAGAAUUAUCAUUGACCAAAUAUUCAAUAUAAAGUAUAUUUUUGCAUACUUGAGUGCUGCUGAAAAGAGAUCCAAUUUAGAAGCUGUGUGUAACCCUUGCACCUCAGGUAAAUCUGUGCAUUGAGUGUGUCUGGUUUAAAUACUGGGAUUAUUUUUGUAUAAGGGUAGUAGUUUGUCAAAUUUUGUUUUGUGCUUUAACCUAUGUACAUUUUUGAAAAUGUUUCCAAAUGAACAACAUACUUUUGUUUUCAUCUUACGCAGUUUAAAUACCAGCUGGAAUAAGGCAAGAAUAUUAACACACAAGUACCACAAUCUUUUCAAAGAAACUGUGUACUUUAUUUUCUAUCAGUAGGGAGUAACACGUCUCAUAAUCCUUGGCAUGCAGUCACAAUUCAGAUAAAAUGCUUUUUGGCUUCCAAGCUAUUACUGAAGAGGGACUUGUGCUUGCAUGAGAGAGAUUCAGUUUACCCCUCUUCCUCCUAAAUACUCAGUUUUGACUCCACAGAUGCAUCAUAUUGCAAAAAUGCAUAGCUUUAAAAAUAUUUUGUACAUAUGCCUGAAGCAGAAAACAGCAUUCCUGUUGAACCCUGAUGCAACUUGUUGUACCAGUUACAAAACUUUAUAUUUGCAAAUAUAGUACUCCUUGUUUGUCCAGCAGCCAAAGCAAGGACAUGACCCACCCAUUCAUGUAGCUGUAUGCAUGGGAAAAGAUUUCCACAUGGUACUAUGAAGUCCUAUUCCACUCCCCACCCCGCACCCCACCCCAACAUUCCUGUCCAUUUUGGGCCAGAAUAUAAUGUCAUGUGCACUGCCAUUACUUUCAACUGAAGGCCUGUCUCGCCUCCCCCUCCCACCUCACCCCACUCCUCCACAGAUCUAUGUAUAUGGGGCAACUGUGGGCCUUCCCAUGUUGAAGGCAAUGGCCUGCACAUUUCAUUGUGCCCAGGGCUAUAUUCACCAAAGCAAAGAGGAAUGGUGGUGGCUUUACUUAGGGACCCACUCCUUUACAUUUGGAACUGUGUGCUGUGCAUGCAGUGCAGCCCCAAGUUGGUUUGAUAGCCUUGUCAAGGAACUGUUGGGGUUUUUGUGUGUGUGUGUGUGAACCCAAUAUUUUUUCCAUUGCACAUGACAAUAAUGAAUGGAAGAGCCGUCUUGUUACCAGCCAUGGUGCUGUGCAUAUUGAUGAUACAGCAUGUGAAGCCUUUAAUGACUCAUUCUUUUCUUUGGGUUUGGAUGUCAAACAUUUCCAGGAAACAAAUGGUUUCAAAAAUAAUUUUUGCACUGUUGAUUGUGUGUUUCUUAUCAGAUGUAAAACAGCAGAACACAGACUUUCUUGGCGAUUCCCCCACAACCCCAUAUGCAACUUUGAGACAUUUUAAAUUAAUUUCUUACUUCCUGUGUAUUAAGGGAUAUGUAAUUUUGAUGUCUCUGUAAAACUGGCAAUGUAAUGAAGUGCUGUGUAUCAGGAAAUUGUACACAAUUUACCAUUUUCCUGUUCAUAAGCUGAGCCAUAUGUACAUAAAAUCUAGAUUUGUUUUCCUAGUUUUGCACUUUUAUAGCCUAUUUUUUGAAGAUAAAUUUGCGUGGAAGAUGGUUAUUCUAUUUUUGCCUUACCCUUCAACGAGUCUUAUAGGAUGUGUAAAAUAACUUGUCUGUAUCCUUUUUUUCAAGUAAUAAAUCUUAAAAUAUAAAAGACCAGGGCUAUGUUUAACUAUAGUUUGUAUGUUUUUUAAAGAAUCUUCCUCUUUGUUUUGGUGCAGUUUUUCUAAAACUCAGUCUCUUUUCAGUUUGGAAGAGAACAAAGAACGCUUUCAAAUUUGACUCGGGACAUCUCUCUCGUGUUACCUUUAUUAUGUCACUGGAGCUGCUUCAGCGCAAGCUUCCUCCUUCCUUCCUUCCUUGCAGAAAUAAUAUCAUAAGUUCUGCACUUGCUGGGUUGGUUUCCGGAAGGGGAGACACUGGUGGACCCUUUCCCAAUGGCCUGGGGUUUCCAAUGCUCCUUUUGCAGCACAAAACAAAGCAGCUCAUAUAUUGUGACGUUAACACAAGAGAUGCCCUCAAUUGCAGCUGUACACCCAAGCAUUUCCACACGGGAGUGCCAUGAAAGCCCUGUCAGAACAGAGGAUCUGCAGCAGCAGAGCUUUGUAGAUUGCAGCCCUGGUCUCCAAAGUAGGUUUUGCCCAUCAGUAUUAACUAUGGGAUACUACUGGUUUUUUGUUUUGCAAUAGCAAUGAGUAUACUGGUACAAAUUAUCAAUUUGUUGUAUUUAUUUCCUACCCCCUUGAUUUGUUUUAAUUGUCGAACCUCCCUUAAGUUUGUCAGGCUGUAGACACCAAUUCAAGUCAUUUAAUUUAUGAUGUGUUUUCAGUUUAGUGGAAUAUGUUAUUACAUGUGGAUGUAAAUACAACUUGGUGGUUUUCUUUUGCAAAUACUCUCGUCCUUGUUUCACUUUCUGAACACUAGACAGACAAAAUUUUA